UUGAUGCUACGUCAUCAUUCAGGCUGAGCAGGGAGGCUAGCUAAAGCUGAAGGAUCCUAUUGGUCCUUUCCGUCAAUGUAAACAUGUAGCAUCGUCACUGGAGUAACUGUAUUGCUAUUAAGCGGCGUUUCCUUAUUGUUAACCACUUUAUCUUAAGUCGGAAUAAUAAUGGCAGUGUGGCUGAAAAUAGCAGUCUCGGAACCAGGGGAGAAUAGUGCUAGCUUGAUAACUAGCUAGCACCGAAUAGCUUGCUAACGAUCUGGCUGUGUUUGUACGAGGCUGGCCUUGCUAAUUAGACAGCUAACUUCCCAUUUGUAGCCAUGAACUGUUAAAUUCAGGUUAGAGAGGCACAGAUAGAAGGAUGGCAAGUCAUGUAAUCUAAUAAGGACUCACCAAGAAGUGGAAAAAAUGAAUAAAUCCAGAAGUGACGGUGCCUCGUUACCUGCGAAUGGAAGACAGGGCAAUGACUGGGAUACCAGACGGAAAAGGAAAAUUGCAGACAUCACACAGGCCCUCAGUGUGAGUCCAGUGGAUGUUGCUGCUUUAAGAAGGAUGGCUAUCAGUGAAGGAGGACUGCUGACCGAUGAGAUCCGCUGUCAAGUAUGGCCUCGGCUUCUCAACGUCCCUCCUCACGUCUUGGAACAAGAGCCAGAAAAGGUAGACCGGGAGGACAACAAGGACUACAACCAGGUGCUGUUGGAUGUCCAGCGAUCUCUGCGGAGGUUCCCACCUGGUAUGCCAGACGAGCAGAGGGAGGGUCUCCAGGAAGAACUAAUUGACAUCAUACUCGUAGUUCUGAAGCGCAAUCCCCAGCUGCACUACUACCAAGGAUACCAUGACAUCGUUGUCACCUUCCUCUUGGUCCUUGGAGAGCGCCUUGCAACUGCUCUUGUGGAAAAGCUCUCCACCCAUCACCUCAGGGAUUUCAUGGAUCCUACCAUGGACAACACAAAACACAUUCUUAAUUAUUUGAUGCCCAUCAUUGAGAGGGUCAACCCUGAGGUGCAUGACUUCAUGCAACAGGCUGAGGUGGGGACAGUCUUCGCUCUCAGUUGGCUCAUCACCUGGUUCGGCCACGUGCUCUCAGACUUCCGCCAUGUUGUCCGGUUGUAUGACUUCUUCCUGGCCUGCCACCCAUUGAUGCCCAUAUACUUUGCUGCUGUGAUCGUACUGUACAGGGAAGAGGAGGUUUUGGAGUGUGAAUGCGAUAUGGCCAUGGUUCAUCACCUGCUGUCUCAGAUUCCCCAGGAUCUGCCAUAUGAGACACUCAUCAGCCGAGCUGGAGACCUCUUUGUCCAGUUCCCUCCCUCUGAAAUGGCCAGAGAGGCCGCCUCGCAUGACAGCAUGGCAGCCUCUACCUUUAAGGACUUUGACCUUGCGUCAACUCAGCAGCGGCCGGACUCUGUUCUCCGUCGCCGGCGCAAACAGAAACAGGCUGCCCUGGAGAGAUCAGCUGCGAACGCGGUAGUGACGGUGGCACAACCUUCAGCUGCACGCCGCUUUGUUCGACUGGCUGUCAUGGGUCUGACGGUGGCUUUAGGGGCAGCAGCCCUCGCCGUUGUCAACAGUGCCCUGGAGUGGGCCCCCAAACUGGACUUGUUUCCUUGAGCUGCUCCUCUUUCGCCUACUACACUAUAACAUAUCUGUCCUUGACUGAAUCCAGCUGGUGGGUCUGUAUCCAAGAAACUUUAAUGAAUGAAAGCAGGAACGAUACAGUCAAUAACACUGCCUGGAGUGUAUUAUGCUACUGUUAUCUGCUGGUAUGUGUCUUCACAUCCUAUGCAGGACUUUUAAGGCUCCAUCUGAAGGUCAUUUUUAUGACUCCUGAAGAGCAUGCACCAGUAUUACUGCUGGUGUUCUCAAAUGAAGCAUUCGUUCUGUUGAAAUGAAGAAACUCUUUUUCUAAGAACUAUCACUGAUAGUGUCAUUAUUGUAUUUAUAUUUGGUAAUAGGAUAAUCUGCUAUUGCGCUCACAGAGAUAUACGCUGAAAUAUUGUUGGACUCGCUACACUUGAAACUGCUGCCAAUUAACUGUGUGUGUGUGUGAUUGUGUGUGAGUGUGUGUGUGUGUGUGUGUGUGUGUGUGUGUGUGUGUGUGUGUGUGUGUGUGUGUGUGUGUGUGUGUGUGUGUGUGUGUGUGUGUGUGUGUGUGUGUGUGUGUGUGUGUGUGUGUGUGUGUGUGUGUGUGUGUGUGUGGUCACGACCCACUUGUUAUCUAUCUGAUACCUGGACUGAGACCAAAUAGAGGAUUGAUAGAAUCCUUAUAAUUUACUGUUUCUUAAUUUAUAGCAGUUGUAUAAAUAUACGGUCAUGACAAACAGGCACUUUUUAAGGUCACCUUUUUAUUAUGUUUCAGGUAUUCUUGUCCCCUUUGAAGUUGUUCAAAUAAUUACUUUUACUCGGGCAAAAAAAACGAUCUUUCUUUUCUGGAACAUGUCAGCAAUACCCAUUUUAGUUCUGGCUCAUUGUCGGGGCUUGUAAGACAUUUUUUAGAGUAUUUUAUCAAAGUACAUUUAUUACAGCUUGCUUUAGAUGCACAUUUGAACCUUAACAUUCAGAUGUUUAGCCCCCAAAAUUAAUUUCAGCUUCACAGUCCAUUUAGGUAAAAAAAAAUCAACCAUAUUGAAAUUGUUGAAGUAGAGCUUUCCUAUUAUUUACCCACUUCAUUUGUUGGUUGUAUAACGUUAUAUGCUUGCUUCACUUUUUUGGAGUAGAGCAGUAGAUAUCUCCUUAUAGUUCAGCAAUACACUCUCUCAAAUAUUGGGAACAGAAAUGUUUAGAUCUGGGAUGAACAGCAAGCGUUGUCUUUACAAAAUCACUUUGAGGUGCUUUCUUACUACAACGUUAAGGGUGCUCAUGUCAGGGGGAAAAAGCAAAGCACCUCAGCCUUCAAAUGAAUGCUGUUAAUUAUUAUUAUUAUUAUUAUUGUUUUUUUUAAAAACUUGAAUCUAGCUUUAACCAAUGCCAUUUAGUAAGUUGGAUUGCUUGAGUAUAGCAUUCACAUUUCAGAGGCAGUCCAGCUCAUUCCAAUGCUCGAAGCAUUUCAUCUGAUCACAUAUUUAAAGUUAUAGGUUGGUUUGUUUAGGUUUCAGUUGUGUGGCACUCAGCUGAAUAGCUAAGAAUAUCAGAAAACACAUACCGAAUAUUUAGUCAGAGCACUUAAUUUAAAAUAGUGAAUUGGGGCUUGUUAUUGACUUGGUUCUAGGUCACCUACAUUAUAUGGCACAACAACCAGUCAUCUAAAAGCGUCUCAGCUCAUUAAAGUAACAUGUUGAUGGAAGUUUCAUCGGCUUUAUUAGGCACUGAAUUCCCAAGUGUCCCAUUCCUGUAUUGUGGUCUACUGCAUUUGUAGUACACUGUUUCAUCGAGCAGGGGAUCUAAAAUCAAGGUGACCUGGAACAUGUCCCAGAACGCCCUGAGGUGCCUGAGAGCGUAGUUAUUCAGCAGUAUUGUAAUGCACCUUGUAUCUGCACUCGGUGUUUUUUUAUUUACUGUCGUUGCACUCACUGAUCUAUCUGCCUUUUAUGUUUAUUUUGUUAUAAUAAAACUCAUACUAAUGUAUAGUUGUAUAAGAAAAUGCUAAUAAACUAUAUUGAACAUG